AGCCAACUUUCAACUAUUGAGGAAAGAAGAAAGAUGAUUUAGAAUAACCGGAUUGCUCAUCUGUAUUGCAAGAUCCUUCAAGCAGCUCACUACUUGAUGUCCAGAGAUCCCGGGAUGGAGAUGAGGACACACAGUGAAGACAAUUAAUGAAAACCAGAAGAUCUAUUGCUAUAAUUAAGGACAUCAAGAUCAGGAGCAACUGAUAAAGGAGGUCAGGCUGCACACACAUGGACAAAGCCUAUUUCCUGGAAGACACAACUUCUAAGCAACAGGAGGAUUUGCCUUAUGAUGAUGGUUUCUCCCAAGUUAAGAUAUACCAUGGUUAUAAUCUUACCUCAAGAUAUGACAUCCCUGAUGUUUCAAAUCAAAUGAAUUUAACAGAAGAUGAGUCUCAAGAAAAGGCUACAUAUAAAGAGACUUGCCAAGAGGCAGAUAUGACCAUGACUUUGGAUAAAACGACUGAAAAUGCUGUCAGCAAAACAUGUGAUAAAGAGAAUCAAUGCACCAUAAAUCUUCCUAUUCCAGCUAAUCAGGAAGACACUUCAAAGUCAAAUAUUUCUGAUGUUUUACUCCAUCACCUUUGCAAAGAAUUCUCCAAAGAUCAAGGCAUUGAUUGUGAAACUCUCCCAGAGAUCUCUAAUAAUGACAGUUUUGAUGAAGCUAUUAUUAAAAAUAUUAUUGUGUGGCAUGUUAAGAAUUCUUGGCCAACAGAACAAUCCUCAGAACUCACUGACCAACUCAACUCCAAAAGGGAUGAUGAAAAUAGCAAUAAGCCCAGUUGUUCUCUGACCAUGACAGAGGAAAACACCUCCGAUUCAGAUGAGUUAGUGGCUGCUGGAGAAAGCAACCAUGAGGAAAAUUCAAAUUUUCUAACUAAAAUCAAGAGUCUACAUGAUAAACAAAAAAGUUGCCUAUGGCAGAUACCUCAGAAACAGGCUGAAAAAGUAAGCUCUGGCAACAAGUUCAAAUAUGGCCAUAGUCAAGUUUAUUACUGGUUCUCUGAUUUCUCUAAGGUUGCUCCCAAAGUGGAAAUUCCUAAAAAUAACAUAAUUGACAAACCACUUAUAACAGAUCCACAAGCCAGCUUUUCUCCUAAAUUGAGAGAGAAGUCAGCUGUUGUGCAAGGUAUUUCAGAAAUCACAUCUAGAUCAAAUUAUGUUGAAAAACAAGAGCAGACAUGGGAAACUACUGAACCUUCACAACAGGUGGAGAUGGAGCCCACAGUACAUAUCCACCAAGAACAUCUCGCAGGAAUAGAAUCUGAGCCGAAUCUCUCUAAGUUGCCAUCAACUUCUAAGGAAGACCCUUCCUUGAGUUCUUCUUACAUAUUUCAAAAGAUAUCCCAGGGGAAGGAGAUGUGUCAGAAGUUAAAAGAACAGACUGAUCAACUGAAGGCUAAAGUACAAGAAUUUUCCAAACGCAUAGCACAGGAUUCUCCCUAUCAUUUUCAACACAGAAGGCUGGUCCUGGAGAAAUUGCAGGGACGCCUCGAACUGCUGGAGCAGGAGUUUCUGGCCAAGAAGGAGAAGCGCCUGACACUGAAGGAGCAAGUCCACUGGCACGAAUCCCGAGCUGUCAACGACUCUGAUCCAGAAAGAAAAGUAGAAGGUGAAAUCUUCAAGUUCGAGAUGCUACUUAAAGAUUUUAAAGAGAAAAUUAAUAAAAGCAAAUGUACUUCAGCUGUCUCUCUUCUCGUGAAUUCUCCAAUCAACCUGGAUGACUUGUCAUUCACAUCCUCUCCACCCUCAAAUGAGGAGAAGCCCAGCACCGCCUCGGGGAGGCAGGACCGUGCAGAGACGACCAGUGCAAGCUGUGCCUUCUGCCUCCGCCUACUUCAGUGGAAGCAAAAAACAGGGAAAAAAGAUCACAGAGGAAUUGACUGUGGAAGGUUUCCUAUUGCCAUUCAAGACAAGGUGCUGCACCCAGACUCAGUUCUCGGUUCUGAUACAGGACACAGCUGCUGUUGUGCAUCUCGGAUUGGACUGCAGAGUAAUUUUCAUUAUAGAUACAACACCCCAGGACAGAAUUUCUUUAAUCAUAGAGAAAGAAGUGCUUUUGCUCGGCUCCACUAUUUAAAUGAAAAUAAUUCUUCACCUACUCAUUCAGAACCAAAAUGGAUCUGUUUCCAGAGAGCAAAUCCCAAAUCCUGUAAUGAUGGAUGUGAACCCAUACCAAGAAAGUCAGACCUUGCUACACUCUCACCCCAUUCCCACUCCUGCAGGAUUUCUGAAAACACAUCCUCCAGCAACUUUAGCAGGAACAAAGAAACGGAAUCUGAGAUUUUAAAUUCGUCUUUGGAUCAUGCCCUAAGGACAGCAAUCAUUUUGAAACAAACUACUGAUCAAAUGAUUAGAACUAUUGCAGAAGAUCUUGCCAAAGUACAAAGAUGGAGGAAAAAGUUGAAAUACUAGUUUGAUUCAAGGCAACCAAGGAUUAAAAAACAAAUGCAGAGAAAACUUGAUCUUCCCUCCAAAGGUAUUUUACUUAUUAUACAACUUAUGAAGAUGACCUUCUAGAGAAAAUACCAAAAUUGCAAGAAAUGGAGGACACAAUUUUUUAAAAAAUGGACCUCUGAUUCUUAAAAAUCAAAGUCAACACAUAUUUGUUUAAAAAUAAAUGUUACUAACUUAUAAUAAAAGAAAUGAAAAUAGUAAAAUAUACUUUAACCUGUCAGUAUGGCAAAAACUAAAGUUUGAAAAACCCAGGCUGUGUCAGGGAAGAUGGGGGAGAUGAGUGCUCUCAUACACUGCUGGUAGAAGUAGGUAUUAGUGCAACUCUGCUGAAAGGCAACUCGAUAAUUGCUACCAAAUUCUACAAAUUCUAAAGUAUUUACCUUCUGAGCAGCAAUUCCAUUACUAGGAUUUUGCUUUAUAAGUCACUCAAACAACAUGUCACAUAAUUUGUAUGAGGAUGGCCACUGAUGGGAAGGGCUCACAAAUGGAACACAUCUAAUACCCUCUGUGAUGAUUCAAAAACAAU